AUGACUGAACAAAGCAAUAAACAACAAUUUGAGAAAAGGGACGCAAAAGCUGGAAACAAAGCAAAAUCAGCUACAAUUCCUGGAAGCGGUUUACGAUCUCUGCGAACAACAUCAGUGUUUCGAGCGGUCAAUUUCGAACUUUACGCUCGCCCGAACAAAGUUGUUAUGGGCCUUGGCCUGACAGCUAUAACACUCUGCGUUGGUUAUCUUGCAUACAUGAACGCACAGAGCGAAAACAAGGAAUUAUAUGAAGCAUACAACAUUGAUGGUACAACUCAAAUGCAAAGGAAAUCUUCAAAGUGGGAUUAA